AUGACUGAAAAAGACAAAGCCCCCAAUCCAGAAGACGUCAUAGAGAUGGAUGACAGCUUUUCGCCGCAAUUCGUUCAAGAAGUGAAUCGAGUGAAGUCCCAGAUCAAAAGUCUCAUUGAGAACAACACCACCCUUCGAUUUUUCAAACCCCUAACUUCGAAUCUAGGAGAUGUUACAGCGAUUUUGAGGAUUUCCUUUAAUAAUAUGAUGUCCAAAAUGGAGGAAAAAGAGAAGCAAUCUCUAGUGAAAGAAUUGAUCAAACUUGUGCAUCAUGUGGCUGAAAAGAAUACACAGGAUAAAGUUUUCAUUGCCGCAAGUUACGAGAGAGUGGUAGACGAGCUUCUUCGAUAUGCCAAUCAAAAAGAGGUGAUCUCAACGACUCUAUGUGUAGAAGGACUCAUUAUGACAUCGGAUUUUCGAAUGUGUAGUAGGAUAGAUCAGGAGAAAUGGAAGUUCAUAAAAGAAUGCAUUCCCAAAAUUGACUACAAAGGAAUCAGAACUAUCAUCCGAUAUAUUUUGGAAUCACAACUCAGACGACUUCCUUAUCAGUUGUCACCAGAGAAAGUGAAUGAAUUGCGACGUGUGGAAGACGUUUUGCUGAAAAUUGUGGAUCGAGAUUUGAAUUUGAUGCCUCCAUUGAUAACGUUAUCAGAAGUUAUGAGAGGGACACCGAAGCAAGCACAUAUGUUUCCGCGCCUCACCGAGAAGCUCGCCAACCUCUCCUCUCACUUCCGUCCAAUCGCCGACCUAACCCACGUAUGCGGCCGCCCAUUCAUCUACCCAAUCCCCUUCCAUCCAGCCUUCCAUCCUCCAACAUCAUAUUGGGAAGAUUUCGGAAUGAAUGCACAGAGCCCAUAUACCCAGUCCCAUCAUAUGCUACCGUAUAGACCUCAGCAUAAGGCGGCCAGUUGUCUCUACACAUUUUAUAUGAUCCUAAGACAGCCAUUGGGAAAGGAUUCGUUAAACCCAACAAAUCGAAAUAAAACCAAAUCGCAUUGGGAGCCCUUGCUGUCCGUGAUGAUUGUCGAAGCCAUGGCAGAGACCGAAGCACUUCCAGAAGGCAAACAGAUUCCACGUUAUCAAUGGGACAACAUCACGAAUCUUGUCAUGUAUGGAAUGUCUCAUCUUUUGGUUAAUCCCAAAAACUUCUUCCACUAUCUCAAAGGUCUUAUCAAUCAGUGCAAAUACACCCGUGCUCGAGAUGAAGUCAUGUGGAUCGUAUUCCAAGUCGUCAGCUCUCUACACAAAAUGAUCAAAAUCGAAGAUGCUGUUCAAGAGAUUGUCGAUCUCUACAAUGAGCUAUUCGAUGGAGAGUUCAGUUGGCACGGCGCCUCAGAUCAUCCAGCACGAAUGGCCAGAUUCCUGGCAGCCGCCAGUACAUGGAUGUUGUUGGAAAAAAACAAAGCCCACAAACAAAACACCGACACAAUCAAAUCGCACAUCAAAGUGAUCCACGAGGCGGCGCUGAAUUUCGAUCCGAAGAAUAUGGGAAUGUUGGCAGUGCUAGCGAAUGCCUUCAAAAGCGACACUCGUAUUGGAGCUCAAAUCGUACCGGCCAUGUCGGAAGCACUGAACACACCACCAGAUCCAUCCCAACCCACAUUCGAUCUAUCGUACCAAAGAAAAGCAGUGAAUCAGUUUGAUGCGUUUCCUAAGGAAUUCCUAGAUGCACUGACUUCUCGAGCUAAGCGAUCGCUGCUGGGACAGAUAUUGAGUGUUUUCCGUAGUUUUGGAACUGAUAAGCUUCCAAGUCCCGCUGCAUUUGAGACAUUGGCAAGGAUAUGUCAAUCGGAAGAUUAUGAGAUGGCUGUCAAGGAUUUGGAGAGUCUAGCUAGUCGAUCGUUGCACAUUUCUACUCAGGAAAGAGCAGCGGAUAUUGCAACGAACAAUCAAGCCAAGGAUCAAUGUCACUUCCUUUUCGAUUUCCUCGCCUACCGUCUACCCCACGUGCAUUCCUAUGGAAAGUACACCUCAACCACUGGAUCUCUCCUCCUUUAUUUCACAGCAUCUGUUGCUCCAAACACACCUCAAAACCAUCAAGUCUAUCGUCUUCUGGAGCAAGCACUUCUUCGUAGAAUGUACUGGAGAACGUUCCAUGAAUCAGUCAUCAAUCACUCUCAACUAUUCGGUUCUAGCUAUAAGGAGAACUCGAAUAAUGUGAUGCUACGUCAUCUGAAGAAUCCCAAGACGUUCUCGACACCAGUUGAUCAGUGGCAAUUUCCAUUGAAUCCUGAGAUCUUCAAAAUGACGAUUUAUGCAUUUAUGAGAGCUUUGAAGAUUACUGGACAGGAAAUCCCAUUGGAUGGAACUAUGCACCCAAUCCACGUGGCUGGCUACGGAUGGCCUGAAAAGUCUACAACGUUCUUCCCAAAAUGGGCUUUAGAAGAGAUAAAGAAGACAGAUGUCAAAAAAUUGGCCCCAAAUUAUGCAGAGAUUCUUUCGACGACUGAUGAGGCAUUCCGGAUGAAUACAUUGCUCACUGGAGGUCAAUAUGUGAUUAGAUAUGCUGAUGAUCCUAAUCCCAUCACUUAUCACUGUAUGCUGGCGGUCAUUUUCAAGCAGUUAUGUUCGAAACCUGAGCAGGAUUUGACUUCCGAAUAUUAUCAGGUAAUGGAGAAAAAGUCGCCAAAGGACAUUGUUGUAAUGGGCAACUAUCUGGUGGAUUUCAUAAUAGCUGAUGUGAAGAAUAAUCAAGAUUGUAAUGAACAAACUUUCAAGACGAUCGCCAAAACCGCCGCAUUGAUGUGCUUCCAUUUCAACAUUCACCGAGCCGACCGUUUUCUUCUCUCACUUAUAAUGCAUCCAUCAACAGACGAGGACGCUCAGAUUUGCAUUCAAAUCGCCAACGAGUUCCUGUUGACUCCAAAAUUCCAAGAACGCAUCAAAUGGUUUUAUGAGAAUGACGUGCCAAGAAAAGAAAAAGAUCCCUAUGAGUACAUUAAAGCGAUUGUUAAGUACCAUGACGCUUUCCCGGAGUUUGAAGCUUGCCAAUUGGUUCCAAAAAAUGAUGACACUGGUACAAAUGUUCAUAUGCCAACUUAUUACGGUUGUCUUAUCGAACGCCUCCUCCCGAUUCUGGAUCAAUACGUCUACGUGGCUUUGGAGCAACAAGGAUACAAGAUGAGCAAUGCUCUUCUCCAAUUAGUCUCAAUGUUCUAUAGAUACCAUCCGAUGCCUAUCCAUUUCAUGUAUUCUGUGUUAUUCGUGUCCCAUGGAAAAAUGGCUGGGCCUGAUGCCAAGUCAUUCGUUUCUGCAUUCGCAUCUCAAAUCGAAGAGUGUCAUUUGACAGAGGAAUUUGAGAAGUAUAACCAUCAAAAGUCGUCGUGUGAAGAGUUGAUAAUGGAGUUGUUGGAUCGGAUGGCUGCUAGUUUGGAUUUCGUUUUGACUCCGCCCACUUUUGUAGCGAAGGAUUGGAGGACAGCUGAGAUGAGUCCUGGAGCACAGGCGUUGUAUCUAGCUUGUAUUGAGCUGAUGGCCAGUCCCCAUUCCCCAGAGAAACUAGUCAACGCCAUGAUCAACGUAAUGCAAAUGCGUCCACACCUUCGACCAUUCAACGUCUUCAACCUCAUUGCUCUUCUGUUGACUGCACUUCCAUCUACCUAUGCUGAUGCUCUUCACGAGGAAUUUAUUGGAGUUUUCAAGAAUGGAGAAACCGCGAAUCUCAAGUUUGAGGAGAUCGUUUUCGAUAACUAUGAUUCCUCAUUGCUGCUACAUUUACCGAAUCGAGCGAGAUCGAUCAAUAUGAUUGCUCAGAUCUAUUGGACGCAGUGCAAUAUGGCUCUUCUCAACCCAUUCGCUAAUGAUCAAGUUCCGAAACUUCUGGAACACGUCAAAACCGAAAAGGAUCUCUGGUACACCCUUCGUCUCGUAAUGCCCAUCAUCCGUCGUUUUUGGGAUUCCUGGGACUUCGCAAAAACCAUGAGGGCCCUCCGAGAGAGAUUCGGUCCUCUUGUUAUCAUGAAGCUAAUCAUUGAAAAGCUAGGAUCCAUGGCUGAAUCUGGAGUGGAGAUAGUUCAUGAAGCACCGUUCUGUGAUCUAUUCUACAAUUGCAAAUACGUUUUCGUUGGCGAUUUCUUAAGGGAAACUGCGAUCACGGAAUUCGCGAAACUUCCAGAAGCAAUGAGGGAACGGUUGAAGUAUUACGUGUCACAGAAUGAACCAGCACCUCCAGAAACACCGGAGAGGGAGAAGACGCCGGAGAGGAAAGAUCAGCAGAAGGAGCAACAGGAACAACAACAUCAGCAACACCAUCAGAAUCCCCAACUUCACCACGAAGCUCAACAUCAUCCCCACCAUCCUCACCAGCAGCCAUCCAUGCCACCACCUCAACUAAUCCCCCAACAUCAUCUACAACAUCAUCAACAGCAACUUCAUCACCAACAACAACAACAACAGCAUCUAUCCCAAAUGAUGCCCCCACCUCAACAACCUCUUCAACACCUCCCCCAUCAUCAAAUGGAUAUGGCUCCGCCCACACCUGCUCCGAUGCACCAUCAGCAGCAUCAGAUGGCAAUGCAUCAGCAAAUGUAUCCGGGUCAAAUGUUCCACCAUCCCCAAGGUGGUCAUAUGGGUUACGGUAUGCAGCAUCACAUGCAACAACCGCAUCCACAUCAUCCGCAGAUGCAAGGGCAGAUGCCGUCACAAAUGCAGCAUAUGGUAAGGAUGCACAACAUGACGCCCCAGCAGCAACAACAGUACGCCUACAUGAUGCAACAACAGCAACACCACUAUAUGCAACAGCAACAACACCAACAACAUCAUCAUAUGUAA